CAGGUUGAUGCUGAGGGAUCUCGGGCCCUGGGUGUGUCACAUACGCUGGCUCAUUUGGGUCAUGGCUUGCGUCGGAUCCAUGUAUGUCUUCCUUUUCCACGAGAGGUACAAGCUGAUAGAGCUGUUGGGAUAUGUGUCCAUGGGGGUGGUUCCCGCGUUGGUCAUACUAUCCAUGGGUGAGCGUUCAGGUGUGUGUGAGCUCGCAGUGGGAGGCGUCUUUUACACGGUGGGUGUGAUCUUCUUCAAGAGCGACGGACUCGUCCCCUUCGCUCACGCCAUCUGGCAUCUCUUUGUCGCUGCUGGAGCCUGCGUUCAUUACUACGCCAUCUGGAGGUACCUGUACUUACCGGGGCCGCCGCUGAAGACCUCCAGGUGACUGGCUGCUCUAUGAGGUCAGCUGAUCUGCAUCAUGUGACUAACUGGGAAAAACAGGACAUUUAAUCCAUGGGAACAUUGUGUUUUGACUCAUGAAGGAAAGAAAUGGUGCUGAGGUGAUCUCAUCAGAUGAAAUUCUCCACAGCUGGGGGACCAAACACUAAAAGACAUUUCUACUCGGGCUGAGCGAUGCGGAGAAAAUCUAAUAUCACAAAAUGUCUGAUCAAAUACCGUGAUAUUGAUAUUCGUACGAUAUUGUAGGGUGAACUAUUGGUGAUUUCACAAAAUACAAGUGGUUGAUAAAUCACUUUUACUAGUGUUGAUGUAAUGCCUUAGUGGUUAAAGGCAGAACAAUCAGAAACUUCAGAGACAUCGCUUCUCUGAAAUGAGGAGGCGUGUGGCGCAGUGGUUGAGUGCGUUGGUGAUCGGAUCAGGGGGAUCAGGGGAGCACAGGUUCAAACCCCACUGCAGUAAGCAUUUCGUUUUGUCCCUGGGCAAGACACUUCACCCCAAAUUG